AUGACAGUUGACUUCGUUAAGAACACCCAUAGUCGAGCAUUAACCAAACCCAUGAAGGACACCAGCUUCCCUCUGUCGCCUGUGAGUGUCGGAUCCUCGGUUUCCACGACCAGCUGGAAUGGAUAUGGAUAUCGAAACGGCGGAAACAUGGUGUGCAACGAGCAGCUGGAAUAUUCGUGGAAUAUCGACAGGAACGAGAAGCGGAUAAACGGGAAACAACAGAGAGCAUCGUUCACGGAAGUUGGGAAGAGCGAAGAGCAUAUUGGACAGAAGGAGGAGCAGCGAUCAAACGUUAACGUGGAUAUGAACCAAUCCUCGGGUCAAGGGUCUCAGAAAAAGCAGACGAACGGUAAACGUUCCCGCACAGCGUACUCGAGCGUGCAACUGGUGGAGCUGGAGAAAGAGUUUAACUGCGGACGUUACCUGUGUCGUCCACGUCGAAUCGAAAUGGCGUCGGCGCUGUGCCUCACGGAGCGGCAGAUCAAGAUCUGGUUCCAGAAUCGCCGGAUGAAAUACAAGAAGGAGCAGAUAUCAAAAGCUGGCGGCUCGAGCAAGCCUGCGAGCGUUAAGAGCGCCUCUCCUGACAAAAAACCGGAAACCACAUCCCCUUCGAAUACCCGGCUAAAUUGGACCGUCCAGGGCACCACGCAACCUCAGAACUCCUUGUCGAAUCAGAACGUGAACAAUAUUUCGUACUCCUAUCCGACGAACGCUCAGAGCGUCACGCAAACGCUGCCAGGACUCCCCUGCGCCACCUACAACAGCGUCCAAUAUGGCGGACAGCAGAGCUACGCGCCUCAGGAGCAGCCAUUUCUCCUCGAGCAACGGCGUCCUCAUCUCUACCAGGGACAACAGGAUCAAACUAUCAACCAGUACCCUCAACAACAGCCUUGCAAUUAUUUCCAGCAACCCUGGGACGAGUUUCAGGGUUCUCGUCAGGCAGACGGCUACGUGUACAACUCCUACGCUCUGUCCUCGAAUUCUUCAGCGUUCACGGACAAUAAUUCUCAAGUAUACAAACCGAACUUGGAAACCAACGCGCAAGAGAAUUCGACCAAUUUGUCGUUGUUCACGGAUCUGAAUUGUUGGAUGAACGAGAAUGCUUGCGAGCUCAGUACCAACACUCUGAACAAGAGUCUGGACGAGGUUAUCCGUAACAGCGUCUGUCUAGAUUUCCAGGAACUGCCGUCAGAUCUGAUGAGUUUGUGA